AUGCCUUUGAAGGUAUUUUCUCAAGAUGCAGAUGUGAGUUUGGGAUGUAACAUCCCCAGAGAAGACGCAGAGCAGGAGGAAGAAGAGGAGGAAAUGGCAGCUUCUCAGGGGCUGCUGACAUUCCAGGAUGUGACCGUGGAUUUCACUCAAGAGGAGUGGGAAUGCCUGGACCUCGGUCAGCGGGAAUUGUACAGGGAUGUGAUGUUAGAGAACUACGGGAAUCUGGCCUGCUUGGGUCUUGUGGUCUCUAAGCCAGACCUGGUCACGUUUCUGGAGCAAAUGAAGGAUCCCUGGGAUGUAAGGAGAAUGGAGACAGCCAUAUACCCAACUGUGUCUUCCCACAACACCCAGGGUUUGAGGACCCAAAAGCCAGGCUUUGAAGAUUUACUCCCAACAGCAAAGCUAGGAAUAUAUGAAAGAUUUCACCUUGGAAAUUUACAUUUAACCAAAGACUGGCAAUCUAUGAGGCCCUAUAAAGGGCAGAGAGCAUGUUAUGAUGGACACAACCAACAGAUAAUUCAGAGUAAGCAGAAACAUUGCAAGUGUAAUACAUGUGGAAAAGUCUUUAGUAACUCACCAAAUCUAAGUAGACUUAGGAAAAUUCAUAUAGGAAGGAAACCUUUCAAAUGUACAGCAUGUGGCCAAACCUUUAAUCAGAGUUCAUAUUUAACUGAACAUCUGCAAAUCCAUGCUGGGGAGAAACCAUACAAAUGUACAGAAUGUGGCAAAGCUUUUAAGGAGAUUUCAUCUUUAACUCAACAUCAGCAAAUCCAUGCUGGGGAGAGACCUUAUAAAUGUACAGCAUGUGGUAAAGCCUUUAUCCAUUAUUAUGUUCUUACUCGACAUCAGCGAAUCCAUACUGGAGAGAGACCUUAUAAAUGUAUAGAAUGUGGCAAAACCUUUAUCAUUUAUUCUCUUCUUACUCGGCAUCAACGAGUCCAUACUGGGGAGAGACCUUAUAAAUGUACAGAAUGUGGCAAGGCAUUUAAGCAGAGUUCAACUUUAACUCAACAUAAGCAAAUCCAUACCGGAGAAAAACCCUAUAAAUGUACAGAAUGUGGCAAAGCCUUUACCCGUUAUUAUUUUCUUACUGGACAUCAGCGAAUCCAUACUGGAGAGAGACCUUAUAAAUGUACAGCAUGUGGCAAGGCUUUUAAGGAGAUUUCAACUUUAACUCAACAUCAGCGAAUCCAUACUGGGGAGAGGCCUUAUAAAUGUACAGCAUGUGGCAAGGCUUUUAAGCAGAGUUCAGCUUUAACUCAACAUCAGCGAAUACAUACCGGGGAAAGACAUUAUAAAUGUACAGAAUGUGGCAAAGCCUUUACCCGUUAUUACUUUCUUACUCGGCAUCAGCGAAUCCAUACUGGGGAGAGACCUUAUAAAUGUACAGCAUGUGGCAAAGCCUUUUCCCAGAGUUUAGGUCUUUCUGGGCAUCAGAGACAUCCAUCUUGGCUGAGUGAUGCGUGGGCCACCAGGAAAGACCGAAUUAGAAUGAUUGGCCAAAGACCCCCCGAAACUAAUCCCAUCACCAUAAAACCCAAUACUGCGAGCCACAAGGCAGAUCAGUUCUCCUGGGUUCCCUUACCCUCCUGCUCUGCACCCGGGUGCCCUUUCCCAAUAAAAUCUCUUGGUUUGUCAGCAUGUGUCUCCUCGGACAAUUCAUUUCCAAGUGUUAGACUAGAGCCCAGUUUCAGGCCUCGAAGGGGUCCCCCUUCCUGCAAGAGUUUCUUUUCCAAGAAAGCGGGGAUGGAAAUGCCUCCAGGCUCCUGGGCUCUGAAGUGGGAGUUGCCACACCUGCAGAGAGGUGGUCACAAAGCAAACCAUUGUGGAUGGCUGACGUUCAAGGAUGUGCUCAUAGACUUCACUCAAGAGGAGUGGGAAUGCCUGGACCUCGGUCAGCAGGAAUUGUAUAGGGACAUGAUGUUAGAGAACUACAGGAACCUGGCCUCCUUGGGUCUUGUGGUCUCUAAGCCAGACCUGAUCACCUUUCUGGAGCAAAUGAAGAAUCCCUGGGAUGUAAGGAGACAGGAGAUGGCAGCCAUAUACACAGCUGUGUCUUCUCACCACACCCAGGGUUUGAGGUCCCAACAGCCAGGCUUAGAAGAUUUACUCCCAACAGCAAAGCUAGGAAUAUAUGAAAGAUUUCACCUUGCACAUUUACAUUUAACCAAAGCCUGGGAAUCUAUGACGUCAUAUAAAGAGCAGAGAGCAUGUUGUGAUGGACACAACCAAGUUGAUACAGUUUCCCAUAAAAAACAUUGCAAGUGUAAAACAUGCGGAAAAGUCUUUAGUAACUCACCAAAUCAAAGUAGACAUAGGAAAAUUCAUACAGGAAGGAAACAUUUCAAAUGUACAGCAUGUGGCCAAACUUUUGAUCAGAGUUCAUAUUUAACUGAAUAUCUGCGAAUCCAUGCUCCAGAGAAACCACACAAGUGUACAGAAUGUGGCAAAGUCUUUAUCUGCUGUUCAUGUGUUACUCAACAUCAGCAAAUUCAUACUAGGGAGAGACCUUAUAAAUGUACAGACUGUUACAAGACUUUUAAGCAGCGUUCAGGAUUAACUAAACAUCAGCGAAUCCAUACUGGGGAGAGACCUUAUAAAUGUACAGCAUGUGGCAAGGCUUUUAAGCAGAGUUCAGCUUUAACACAACAUCAUCGAAUCCAUACUGGGGAGAGACCUUACAAAUGUACAGCAUGUGGCAAGGCUUUUAAGCAGUGUUCAGGUUUAACUAAACAUCAGCGAAUCCAUACUGGGGAGAGACCUUAUAAAUGUACAGAAUGUGGCAAAGCGUUUAUCAAUUAUUCACUUCUUACUCGACAUGAACGAAUCCAUACUGGGGAGAGACCUUACAAAUGUACAGCAUGUGGCAAGGCUUUUAAGCAGAGUUCAACUUUAACACAACAUCAUCGAGUCCAUACUGGGGAGAGACCUUAUAAAUGUACAGCAUGUGGCAAGGCUUUUAAGCAGCGUUCAGCUUUAACUGAACAUGAGCGAAUCCAUACUGGGGAGAGACCUUAUAAAUGUACAGAAUGUGGCAAAGCCUUUAUCAAUUAUUCACUUCUUACUCUACAUCAACGUAUCCAUACUGGGGAGAGAACUUAUAAAUGUACAUCAUGUGGCAAAGCCUUUAUCCGUUAUUCUUUUCUUACUCGACAUCAGCGAAUCCAUACUGGGGAGAGAUCUUAUAAAUGUACAGCAUCAUGUGGCAAGGCUUUUAAGCAAAGUUCAGCUUUAACUGAACAUCAGCGAAUCCAUACUGGGGAGAGACCUUAUAAAUGUUCAGCAUGUGGCAAGGCUUUUAAGCAGAGUUCAACUUUAACUGUACAUCAGCGAAUCCAUAGUGGGAAGAGACCUUAUAAAUGUACAGCAUGUGGCAAGGCUUUUAAGCGGAGUUCAAAUUUAACUGAACAUCAGCGAAUCCAUACUGGGGAGAGACCUUUUGAAUGUACAGCAUGUGGCAAGGCUUUUAAGCACAGUUCAACUUUAACUCAACAUCAGCGAAUCCAUACUGGGGAAAGACCAUAUAAAUGUACCGAAUGUGGUAAAGCCUUUAUCCGUUAUUCGUUUCUUACUCAACAUCAGCGAAUCCAUACUGGGGAGAGACCUUAUAAGUGUACAGCAUGUGGCAAGGCUUUUAAGCAGAGUUCAAAUUUAACUCAACAUCAGCGAAUCCAUACUGGGGAGAGGCGUUAUAAAUGUACAGCAUGUGGCAAGGGUUUCAAGCAGCGUUCAGCUUUAACUGAACAUGACCGAAUCCAUACCGGGGAGAGACCUUAUAAAUGUACAGCAUCAUGUGGCAAGGCUUUUAAGCAAAGUUCAGCCUUAACUCCACAUCAGCGAAUCCAUACUGGGGAGAGACCUUAUAAAUGUACAGAAUGUGGCAAAUCCUUUAUCCGUUAUUCACUUCUUACUCGACAUCAACGAAUUCAUACUGGCGAGACACCUUAUAAAUGUACAUCAUGUGGCAAGGCUUUUAACCAGAGUUCAACUUUAACUCCACAUCAACGAGUCCAUACUGGGGAGAGACCUUAUAAAUGUACAGCAUGUGGCAAGGCUUUUAAGCAGAGUUCAAAUUUAACUGAACAUCAGCAAAUCCAUACUGGGGAAAGACCUUAUAAAUGUACAGAAUGUGGCAAAGCCUUUAUCCGUUAUUCUUUUCUUACUCGACAUCAACGAAUCCAUACUGGGGAGAGACCACAUAAAUGUACACACUGUGGCAAAGCCUUUUCCCAGAGGUCAGGUCUUUCUCGACACCAGAGAAGAAUUCAUACUGGAGAGAAACCUUAUAAAUGUGAAGAAUGCGGAAAAGCCUUCGGUCACCACGCAAGUCUUAUUCAACACCAGCGAAUUCAUACUGGAGAGAAACCUUACAAAUGUAAAAAAUGUGGAAAAGCCUUUAUCAAGAACUCACAUCUUACUCAACAUCAGAGAAUUCAUACUGGAAGAAAAACCUUAUAA